AUGGCUCCCACUUACGAGGCUUUUGGUUCCGCAGAGGAACUGAGAAAUGCAUUGUUUGGCACUCUCGGUUGCUGCGUGGAAUGUACUUGUAAUCCAGAUUACAAUCAAGCUCAUGACUCAGAGUCUCUAGUUUCCCAAAGAUAUGGACACCCGGCUCACACUUGGGACAUUAGCAAGAUUACAACUCUUAGCUAUGUGUUUGCAGGCUAUCAGGGCACUGUUGACCUUGACCUGAAUGGAUGGGACACAAGUAAUGUUGUCAGCAUGGAGGGGAUAUUCACCCAGUCCAAAUUUGAUGGGACAAUCAAUGACUGGGACACCUCAAAGGUUGAGAGUCUCUUGGGUGCAUUUUCGGAUUGCGAGUUUAGUGGAGACAUCUCUGAGUGGGAUGUCAGUUCGGUGACUGACAUGAGCUACAUGCUUUAUCUAACCUCAUGUUGUUUUGCUUCGGCAUUAAACGGCUGGAAUGUUGCCAAAGUGACGAUUUUUGUGGAAAUGUUUGCCAGUUCUGAAGUUACCAUUCCUGGUGGGAUUGGAAAGUGGGAUGUCACUGGAAACGGUGCUGAAGGGGUGGAAACCCAGUCUAUGUUCGCUGAUGCAGUAAAUGUACCUGAUCUGACUAAUGAUGGUGGAUGGGACACAUCCAACAUCAUAGACAUGUUUUUCAUGUUCAAGGGUGCAACUUCAUUCGACCAGGACAUCACAAAUUGGAAUGUUGGCAAAGUGCUAGAUAUGGAUUCAAUGUUUGCUGAGGCAUCUUCAUUCAGCCAAGAUAUUAAGACUUGGGAACUAUCCAGCAUUCAAUACAUGGGGGAUAUGUUUUCUGUUGCUUCUGCUUUCAGUCAUAGCCUGUGCGAUUGGAAUGACCACUUGCCACUUAAUAUUUGGGGGUUGUCUGCAUCUACGUUUGCGGACUCUGGUUGUCCUGACCAAUCGCCCACAAUAGAAUAUACAUCUGGCUACUCUCCAUUGUGUCAUGUUUGUCAAGGUGCAACAGAAUCCGGGCUGGGCUCGACACCGGUACCUGAUGGAGGGGGAUACGGAUAUGUGUACGGAGAUGGGUACUAUGAGGGGUACUUAGAGCAUGUCGAACCAACUGCAGCACCAGAAGGAGGGGGGGGCUCUAUUGGACUAGAUCCACCAACCAUUGAACCAAGUACUUUCCCAAGCAAGAUUCCCAGCAAGGCUCCAACCACGGCCCCGUCCAACGUCCCAAGCAACGUUCCCAGCAAGGCCCCGUCCAAUGUGCCAAGCAAUCUUCCAAGUAUUGCCCCAAGUGACAUUCCCAGCAACGCCCCGUCCAAUGCCCCAAGUGAUGUCCCAAGUAUUGCCCCGAGUGACAUUCCCUCCAACGCUCCGAGCGAAUCACCCUCCAACGCUCCAAGCGAAUCUCCCACCAAUUCACCAUCUUUGCAGCCAUCUCCCGGGGGAUUGAUACUUCUACCUCCACCAGGAGAUCGAGACGGGGGCUAGCUAGGAGACGGUGACGGUGAAGGAGGCUAGCUAGCUAGGUUGUGCUACAACUGUGUUAGUGCUAGUUUGUCUCAGGGAUGCUCCGUGUCUUCCUCUGUUUUAAGCUGUACCUGCAAUCUUACAUUACCGGUACCAGUAGGCAAUUGAGUUACUGAACAACUACCCUGCUAUUAUACCUAGCUAGCUAUUAGAGGCCAUUGACAGCCAUUAAUGUACUAGUUCGUGCAACUGGUGUACUCGCUGGCUAGCUAGUGGCUAGCUAGCACAUGUCCCUUUGGAGAUGGAGUGUCUCGGACUGGCUCACAUUAAUGAUACAUCUACUGAUAGUCAAAUAAUUUUAGGAAGUAAA